AUGGCGUUUUCCCCUUUUAUGAAAUCUCUCCUUAUUCUCUCUUCACUUUUCCUCUCAGCACUAUCUUCUUCUUCUUCUUCUUCUUCCUCACAGCUUAUAAAUACUUCUUCAGUAGAAUCAAUAAUCUGCAAAUCAACACCUUAUCCAGAUGCAUGUUUUGAUUCUCUCAAGCUUUCUCUCUCUAUCAACAUCUCUCCAACCAUCAUCACUCUCAUCCUCCAAUCUCUCAGGACCGCCAUCUCCGAAGGCCUCAAGCUCACCUAUCUCUUUUCCGGCGCCGCCGCCGGACCUAAUCUCGUCGAGAAACAGAGGGGCACCGUUCAGGAUUGUGUCGAACUCCACCAAAUCACACUCAAUGCCCUACAAAAUUCCGUCGCCCGAAUCAGCACUUCCGAUCCCCAAAAAUUGGCCGAUGCUAGGGCUUUUCUCAGCGCCGCCCUCACCAACAAAAUCACCUGCUUGGAGGGGCUGAGCUCCGCCUCCGGUCCGAUUAAAUCGUCCCUGGUCAACUCACUGGCCAUUACUUACACGCACGUGACCAAUUCGCUGUCGAUUCUGUCCAAGCCCGGCGGCUCGCCCAGAGGCAGCGGCGGAGGAAACAACAGGAGGCGGCUGCUAGGUUAUCCGCGGUGGCUGUCGAGGAAGGCGCGGCGGGUGCUGCAGAGCUCCGGCGACGAGUACGAUCCGAGCGAGGUGCUGACGGUGGCUGCCGACGGCACCGGUAACUUCACGACUGUUUCCGAUGCGAUCAAUUUCGCGCCGAACAACAGCUUCGACAGAGUGAUUAUAUACGUGAGAGAAGGGGUUUAUCUGGAAAAUGUGGAGAUUCCGAUCUGGAAGACGAACAUUGUGCUGCUCGGAGAUGGAAGUGACGUCACUGUGAUUACCGGCAGCAGAAGCGUCGCCGAUGGCUGGACUACUUUCCGAUCCGCCACCGUUGCCGUCUCGGGCGAGGGAUUCCUAGCACGUGACCUGAAAUUCGAGAACACGGCGGGGCCGGAGAAGCACCAAGCCGUAGCCCUCCGCAUCAACGCCGACUUCGCCGCCGUGUACAGGUGCGCCGUCACCGGCUACCAGGACACACUCUACGUCCACUCCUUCCGCCAGUUCUACAGAGAGUGCGACAUCUAUGGCACCAUCGACUACAUCUUCGGCAAUGCCGCCGCAGUCUUCCAGGGCUGCAACAUCAUCUCCAGAAUGCCCCUACACGGCCAGUCCACUGUCGUCACCGCCCAAUCGCGCAACUCCCCCGACGAGGACACCGGAAUCUCGAUGCAGAACUGCACGAUUCUCGCCACGGAAGAGCUCUACUCCAACUCGUCUACGGUUCGGAGCUACUUGGGGAGGCCGUGGAGGAAUUACUCCAGGACUGUGUAUCUGGAGUCAUACAUCGACGAUUUUAUCUCGCCGGAGGGGUGGAGCAAUUGGGUCGGGGAUCAGGGUCUGGACACGCUCUACUACGGUGAGUACGAGAACUACGGGCCGGGUUCGGGUACUGAGAAACGGGUCAGUUGGCCCGGUUAUCAUGUGAUGGACUAUUACGAUGCGUCGAAUUUCACGGUUUCGCAGUUUAUUACCGGGCAGGAAUGGCUCGAUUCUACUUCGUUUCCUUACGAUGAUGGCGUCUGAAGUUUUCGGAGAUUCCCAUGAUGUUGGAUGAUAGAUUUGUAGAUAAAAAUCCUAUUAUUAUUAUUAUUAAGGGCUGAGAAUUUUACAACACUUCUAAGGAGCCGGCCUAUAUAUAUAUAUAUAUAUAUAUAUAUAUAUAUAUAUAUAUGUGUGUGUGUGUGUGUGUGUGUGUGUGUAUUCUGCAACUCUUUCAAUUGUAUUUUGAUGCUUGUUUUGCAUGCAACAAAGACAGUCAUUAAUAGAGUAAGGCAUAACCUGAAAAUUCCACAA